GCUAAGGACACACUAGGCGAUUUUGCCGCGAAAAGUCGCCCGCGAUUUUUAAAAAGAAAGUCGCGGCGACAUGGCGAUCGUCAUUUGCUGCAGCGAUUGGAAGGAGCGACAUUUACAGGAAGCGACUGUUAUACCACAAUGCCAUGCGAAACUAGCACGUCAUGUUCAAGCAGAAAACGGAAGUCGUCAUUGUUCGUUCGGCGUGUUGUCUCAGUGGCGUGUUGUCUCUGCGGCGUGUUGUCUCAGCGGCGUGUUGUCUCCUGCUUCAUUAUGGAGGAUGAGCUGGCAGUAUUAUUUAUGCUUAUCUACUUGUAUUAUUUUUUGCUACAGGAAGAAAGAAAAAAAAGAGCAGCUGCUAGAAAGUAUUGGGUACAUCCCAUAACAAGUCAGCGGCUAAAGAAUGGACAGUUUCAUAUUUUAUACAGUGAACUGCGCCGUUAUCCUGAAAAAUUCCAAAAAUUUUUUCGGAUGUCAACAUCUAGCUUUGAUGAGCUGCUGACUAUUUUAACGCCAGGUCUGAGUCAUGACCACACGUUGAUGAGGGAUCCGAUUUCGCCCGAGGAACGACUAUGCUUAACUCUAAGAUUUUUAGCAACUGGGCAGUCAUUUUCCUCUUUAUAUUUCCAGUUUCUUAUUGGUCGAUCCACUAUUUCCAAAAUUGUUAGAGAAACGUGUAUGCUUAUGUGGUCUGAGCUGAGAAGACUUGUGAUGCCAGUCCCAGAUGAAAAUGCAUGGCUGCGCAUUGCAGAAGACUUCCAACAAAAAAACAAUUUUCCGAAUUGUUUGGGGGCCUUGGAUGGAAAACACAUUCGAGUUACUCUGCCAAUCAAAAGUGGUUCAAAAUACUUUAAUUAUAAAAAAUACUUUUCCAUUGUUCUUAUGGCUGUCGUUGACGCAAAUUAUUGCUUUACACUCAUUGAUGUUGGAGCCUAUGGAAGCACUGGCGAUGCUAGUGCUUUCAGGAAUUCUUCAUUCGGACGCCGACUCUCAGAAGGGGCACUUCAACUACCUCCUCCGAAACCAUUGCCUGGGACUGCUGGACCUUGUAUGCCUUAUGUCUUUGUGGGUGAUGAGGCAUUUGGCCUUACGGAAAAUAUAAUGCGGCCAUACCCAGGGUCACAAAGGGCCAUUCAGAAAAGAGUUUUCAAUUACAGAUUAUCAAGAGCAAGGCGUAUGGUGGAAUGUGCUUUUGGUAUUCUGUCCAACAAAUGGCGGGUAUUCCAUACUGCUAUACAACUGGAACCUGAUUUUGUGGACAAUGUGAUAAAAGCCGGUUGUGUUUUACAUAACUUUGUGCGGCUUCGGGAUGGCUACAAUUACCAAGACACCCUAACAGAUGAUAUACCAGACAUUGAUUGGGCCCCUGUUAGAGGUCCUACAGGAGGAAUGAGGGUGCGAGAUCAUUUGGCAAAUUAUUUUAUGUCUCCUGAUGGCUCAGUACCGUGGCAGUUAAACCGCAUGUAGUCUGUAACCAGGCUAAUGUUUUAUGCUACCUUUAAUAAAUUCUGUUUAAAAUACUAAGGUUGUUGUGUUGUUUUUCACUCACAGUUUUGUUUAUGUUUGUAUUGAGAAGGGCUCUUGUUCCUUAAACAAACAGGUUUAAGAAAAAGAUACAACAUUUUUGAUACUUAGCACAGUUGAGGGACCCUCCAUAAAAUACUAUAACUUCCCAGUUCCAGGACAAAUUUAUUGAGCCUCUCACAAACUUUAUCUUAUCCAUCCCUCCCAAUAUGUAUAUAUACAU